AUGCGACGCAAGCGACACACCCUCCCCCGCGACCCAAGAGCGACCUUGAGUCUGGCAACCCUGGACCUGGGAGUGGACGACGGUGGGCCAUGCGAGAUGCGCUCCGAGAUGCGCUCCGCCGCAGUCGUGAGAAUGCCUUCAGCGACGCACCCCGGACUGCUCCUCUGCCUCCUCUCGGUCGGCCUCGUCUCGGGCCGGAGCUUCAUCUUCGACUCGAAGGAGUCCUGCUCCCCGAAUCGCGGUGAAUGCAAGAGGAUGCAGGACUGUCCGGAAGCGGAAUUCACGUUCCGGCAGAAUCCGGCCGCCCUCCGAUCCCGCCUCUGCUCCAUCGACCCCACCGGCGAGCCCAUCGUCUGCUGCGACCGGACCCUCCCCGCCCCGGUGACCCCGCCCGGCCCCUACGGCCUCUCGUCCCAUACCGGAAACAGGCGACUCAGCCGAAUCAAAUGCGACGAGUACAAGACCCUGCUGACCCAGACCAGAAAACGGAGCUGCGACCACAGCCUCCAAGGCCUCAUCGUCGGCGGAAAGGCAGCUGAUCCUUUCGAGUUCCCUCACCUGUUUUGGGGCAGUCCCGCUACCAUUCCUCCAUUCCAUUAUGUUUUACUUUUCAAGGCCGUUCUCGGGGAGAGAGAGCGAAACGGGAACAUAAAGUGGAUCUGCGGAGGAACCCUCAUCAGCUUCCGAUGGAUUCUCACGGCCGCCCAUUGCCUAGAGUCCAAUCUGCCUCUGGUGGUGAGACUCGGCGAGCAUGACCUCUCGGAUCCCCACGAAACCUUCCCGGAGAAUUUCAACGUGGACCAGACCGUCGCUCAUCCAAACUGGAGACGAGGGCAAUCUCGAACC